GUCUAAGGUGGAGGGAUUCUAGCUCAGUGCAAAUCUGUAUGUAGCCUGAGAAAGGCUGAGGCUUUUUUUACCAUCAAUCUUUCUGUCUCUCCACAGGAGCACAAUUAGCAAGUCAUCCAGUCACAGCACAGACUGCAAAGUUUAUAAUAGUUUUCCUCUGUUUCCCUAAAGAUGUGCCAGAGGUACUAUUUCAUUUUUCUCUGCUUACUAAUAUCCGAUUGCAUGGACUCUGUCAGAGGUUUGUUUCCAUUUGGGCAGCCUGAAUUUUCUUACAAGAGGAGCAACUGCAAACCAAUUCCUGCCACCUUGCUGCUUUGCCAUGAUAUUGAAUACCCCAACAUGAGGCUACCCAAUCUGCUGGGGCAUGAAACAAUGAAAGAGGUUUUGCAGCAAGCAUCAUCCUGGAUCCCCUUGGUGCAGAAGCAGUGCCAUCGUGACACCAAGAAGUUCCUGUGCUCCCUCUUUGCCCCAGUGUGUAUAGAUGACUUGGACGAGACCAUUAAACCUUGUCGGUCUCUGUGUGAGCAGGUGAGGGACAGCUGUGCCCCGGUCAUGUCUGCAUUUGGCUUCCCCUGGCCAGAUAUGUUGGACUGCAGUCGCUUCCCCCAAGACAAUGAUUUGUGCAUCCCACCGGCCAGCAGUGACUAUGUCAUACCAGCUACUAAAGAAGCGCCAAAAGUUUGUGACGCCUGUAAAAACAGCAACGAAGAUGACAAUGACAUAGUGGAAAACCUUUGCAAAAAUGAUUUUGCCCUAAAGAUAAAAGUGAAGGAGAUCGCCUAUAUCAAUGGGGACACCAAAAUCAUUCCGGAGACAAAGAGCAAAACCAUUUACAAACUGAAUGGGGUGACAGAAAGAGAUCUGAAGAAGACUGUGCUGUGGCUUAAAGAUGGCCUGCAGUGUACCUGCGAUGAGAUGAAUGACAUCAACGCUCCCUAUUUAGUGAUGGGACAAAAGCUCGGUGGGGAGCUGGUCAUCACCUCAGUCAAGCGGUGGCAGAAAGGCCAAAGAGAGUUUAAGAGGAUCUCUCGCAGUAUCCGCAAGCUUCAGUGCUAGUUGAAUCAUUAAUAAACUCUUUCGGCACUGGGGCUAGUUUAUUUUUGCACCUUCUUGCCUUUUGGAAUCUCAUCCUUCCUGAAAUAUAAUAAGUUGGAUGGGGCAUUGGCUUUUUAUAUAAUUGAUAAUAAUAAAAAAAAAAGAAUCCUUGUAAAUAAUAUGAAUGAAUAUGAAUAAGAUGAAAUAUUUUUUAUGAAGCCCUUGAGAUGAAAUCAGCAUUUAAUAGUUCGGAACUUAUUACAUUUUUAUAAUGUUUUUGCUAUUACAAAUAAAACUGGUUUCGCUAGAAUUCAUGUGUAGCAUUUAUACAGUUUUCUAAUAAUCUGUACUCACAUCAGUUUUUGUGAAGUUUACUUUUAGUUGCCUUUGAAUUGUAUGUGAAAAGUUGUGUACAACUGUAAAAAAGAAAAUUUGAGUUGGAAGCCACUUUUAGGUGCAGGAACAAAAAGACAUACCAAUUUGUAAGUAGAAUAAUGUUGAUUAUAUGAUUAUAUUUUUAUGAAUAUCUUUGCACCUGUAUAAAAGGCAAACUAAAAUGGUAUCAGCACAAUUCAUUUUUAUACACAUUUUAAGAUAUUUUGAUUACCUAAUGUAAAUUGUUAUGAAAUUAAUGCUAUAAACAUACAUUGUGGUAUGUAGUUAUGUGUUCAUGUUAUGUUGCCCUAGUUUGUAUUUUUGACUAUAAUUGUGAUAUUUUAUAUUAAAAAAUACUGCACAAUUGUCCAGUUUUACAAUUACAUAUGUGGUAUCAGCCAAAUUGUAUGCAUUGUGUACAUUUUUACCAUGUUAACAAUUUACUUACACAAUUUCUUUACCUCUUCACAGGCGUUAAAAUUAUUUUAUAGUAUAUAAAUAACAAUAACUCUAUACCAAUUCUACUCACUUAUUAAGUUCUUACCAUAACAUAUUUUUAUUCAGAAACACAUAACAUAUUUCUAGCUUGUUUUGUAAUAUAUGCUGAGGUACAUAUAAGUUGUAAAAUAUUGCUUUGACUGGUAUUGUAAAUACUUAACAUAAACUUUAUAUUCAUGUACAUAAACAAUACAUUAUGUCCCCCCUCCCCAUCUUUGUUUUUAUUAACAAAAGAAUUUGUACUUUAAAAUUAUAUCAGGAAUAGUUUUAAUCACUUAGACCCAGCUGAUGAAACUGUAUCUGUUAUGCUUGUUUUAUUUUAUAUAUAUAUAUAUAUAUAUAGACAUUGAUAAAUAAAUGCCUGUCGUAAUAAA